GUGAAGUUUGUCGUGUGAGGAGAUCGAGUAUUUUCGAGGUUGUGAUUACUAAAUCGAGCAUUCAUGGCCAAGGAAAAAGGCUAUUUUCCACUCUGUACAGGAGUUUCCAUCGCCUUGUUAGUGGUUGUGGCCUGUCUUCUUGUUAUUCUUAAUAGAGGCAAGUGAUUUUAUCAUUAAUUGAACUUUAUUCAUUUGAAAAAAAUAUCAACAACCAUAAUAUCAUCAAACCAAAGAUUAAUCGCCACUCUCUGUGACUGAGAAGUUGAUUUAUGAGAAUGGAGAGACUUCUCGAUUAGCCGGUUUAGUCGCUUAAGAGCGAUUUUUCUUUCCAUCCAUUUCAACAGAUUCAUACUGCCCUUUAACUUACAAAAUUUUAAAAUAUAGAAACGGGAUUGUAAAGCGCGGUAAGGAGUGACUACUAUGAUGAAAUAUUUCAAAUGUAAAUUAAAUCUGGGUAAACAGGUGACAUUUCUCUCGGCAAUUUUAUUUCAACUUAAAACCUUUCGCAAAGAAGACUUUGAACGUGACUUCGCAGUCUUCGCGUGGUUAAUAAUCAUACUUCAAGUGCUGAUUUGAUAAGUAAACUUCUUCAAUCAUGUAGGACUUCUCUGUUCUCAAUUAUACCAAUUCAUUCUUUAUCAUUCGCAAUCAAUCACGUCAAAAUAAAUUUAGGGUAUUCUACUUAGUGUAUCUGUUACGAAAACUUGCGUCCACUCUUCCUCGGUAGGUAAUCAUCAAGGAGAGUUUAUAAUGCAUACUUCAAACGUGCUUAUCUUGCUUCAGUCUUUUUCUCUCCGCCGAUAUACCGUGUGUAGAAGAGCUCUAGGCUACAAUUGAAAAAUUGAACGUUUCCGGCCCAACUCCUCCCAUUUAUUUUCGACCGAUCACGCAAAGAACCUCGUGGAUCAUUGGUGAAUGAGAACUACUCUCGUGAAAUCGGUUUCGUUCUUUACAUUUUGCUCUUUAUUAAGAAAUUAGAAAUUGCUACCCAAAUCUCAAGUACAAGGAAAAACUAUUUCGUGUCAACAAGGUUUAGAAGUCAAUCACCUCCUUGUUGUUUAUAAGGAAACUGAACCAAUUUAUUCAGAAACAGGAUUUAUUAGUUUAAUUAGUAUAAACUAAGAUCAAAACAAUUUUUGUCCUGUAUUGAACAAGCCUGAUGCACGAUUUUAGGGUUUUUUUUCUUUUGCUUUCUCGUUGAGCGUUUUGCACAUCACAGUUCAUUUCACGUAGUUCAGUCUAAUACAGUACCAUGUCGUUUCAGUUGUAUCCUUUUAAUUGAUGGCCUGGUGAGCAAUUGACAUGUUAAUUUAAGUAGUUAUUCAGUUUUAUCAAAAUUCGCUAGCUAUUUUGCAAAUUGUGAAGGGAAGUUGUAGCCGUACGUGACUCAGAUAGAUUACGUGGUAAUAAUGUCAUUUUUAUGAUGAGAAGUGGAUAAUUAAGAUUUCACUUAUCAGUAAUGAAAAAUCCAUCAAUUUUACUUGAACUGUAAAAAAUAUCAAACAAAAAAAAAAGAGAAAAAAAAACGCGAUGAUCACCUUAGACAGUAGUUCAUCUCUGUUGUAUCCAGCGACCUUAUUUCAAAUGGCGAAAUACUUUAACUGCACAAGGCUUCAUAGGUUUACAUUGGACAUUUAUUUCAGAAGCUCAUUAAUGUUCAUUCGCUAAGUCGAAAUGAUUUCGUGUUGCCACUCGUUUGGAACGCAGAUCGAGUAGAGGAGCCACGGGUUUUUUAUGCAGCCUCCUCUAAAAAUAGGAACAAAAUACUCUCCAGGGUAGUUUUUUUUCUGUUUAUUUAUCAAACAAGAGUAUUUUGCCGGCGUUGUCAGUUUGACCAUAAAUUCAGUUUUUGUUGGGACACAGAGAGGUGAAUUAGCAACACCAGUUUUGAUUGACUCCACAUUCCUGUGAGUCAGCUAAGUAUGAGUUGAGUGAAAAAAUUCAAUGAAGCCCAUUUGGAUGGGGAAAUAACGGCAAGAAUUUUUUUAUUGGUUUAUCUUUCCCUCUAGACCCCAAAUUAACUGAUAUUUACUCCGACUGGCUCUCUAUGUUUUCCUCAGAUAAUACAGAGAUUGCUACGGAACAUGUACAAAACCCACGAGAGACUGCACCCAAACAUAAGAAGAACAUCUCACAGACAGGGAAUUCUACUUUAAUAACUGAGACAAAAUCAACACAUAUUCACUACAAUCGAAGGGAGUUCUGUCAAACGUGCUGUCACACACCACCGUAAGUAUCUAAAACAAUGUAAUUUGGCUAUCGCGGAGUUUGAAUUAUACUUCAACAGCUUCUUCAUACCCUCCCCUCCCUCCCGCUUAAUAAAGCAAAUCCAAACACGCCGAGGAAAAAAAAUUGGGAUUGUGGCAUUUUCGUUUCGGACAGCGCUCCAUUCACAUAGUGUCGACUCUCAUUAUUAUUACUAUUAUUAUUACUAUUAUUAUUAUUAUUAUUAUUAUUGUUAUCACGUUUCUUUAGAAUAAGAAUUUUCUCUUUGGUCGAGGACGGUCUCGUUCUAAAAUGUUCACCACUAUUUGAGUGACUCAGCCCUUGUACUACAAGUUGUGGUGCCGGCUGAUUUAAAAUCAACUUCGUCGAAGUCCUUUGUAUUUUGAAAACGCGUUGCAAUAAUUUUAAUUAAAGAAGUCGUCUAUUUCUCGACAACACAGAUGCUGGUACAAGAACCACAAAAAAUGUAGCAAGUGUGCGAACAGUAGACAAUCAAAGCUCUUGACAAAAAGAAUUCUUCAAAGAUCGAAGACGAAAGCGGCGAAACAUCAUCUCAGAAGGAAUAACAAAACAAACUUGAAGGAUUAAUGAGGAACAAUAAAGUAAAAAGGACAACAUUCAACUUUAAAUCACAGGAAUUCUUUAGCAGAUAGCUGGCCUCGCGCAAAUUCCUCGUCUAGAGGGAGCUUCUUACUCAGGGAAUUCGAAAAACAAGCGAGGAAGUAGGUCAUAUUCUGAAUUGUCAAGAGGAAAAUGAAAUACUUGACCAUCAAAGCC